AUGCAACAGGAUGCCGCCAAAUCGCCCGUCUCCUUCCCGCCUGCUGGUGCACUCCAAGUGAAUCCCCAAGCCACGGCCGACCUGCUAAGGGCCAUCUUGCGUGUUCAGGAGGCAGGUCUGCUGGACGACGAAGACGAGGAGAACAUCAUUAACCCAGGGAUGCAGGGUGUCAUUCUGCCGACAACGGAAACAGUGGAAUUAUUGCAGAGAGAAAGUCUCACACCAGAGGAUCAAUCGCAUGAAAGGGAGAUCAGGAUAGGGAAUGUCCGGAUUAUGGAGACAGGCCCAUUGGGGGAAGACACCCACGAAACUGGCGUUGAUGCCUCGCAGGAAGAUGAGGAGGCCGCAGCUUACGCCUUCCUCCCACGGUGUACACAGCGCCGCCUAGAGCUGGCUUCCACUACAGGGCCACAGGUGCUAGUUACUUCGGAUCAGGGUGGCGAUUCGGACAGUCGAAACGAGCCGAGAGGAAUCAUAGUACCCAAGUUCUUUCAAUUCUUAAAAUGGUGGGCUGACAAAUGGCCAAAUGAGCAACAGCAUCGCGCAAACAUGGCUAGAGCACCUCCUAUGUACUUACCUUAA